GCGACAGGAUCGCGUUGCCGCUCUCAAGAAUGCGUUAUAAACCCUAGUGGCGGCACUCGAGUACAAGGCGCAGCACCGCGAUGAUCUCGACUGGGAGGCCUUCAACAAGCGCCCAGAGCUUACACUCGGCACCAACUGGAGCAUGGACAAAUUUGACAGGUAUUGCGAGCGCUACAAGCUCUUCUCCAAGUGUAUCUUCCGCCACGGCCGGGUCAUCGUGGUGGACGCUGGGUACACCAAUCUGAGGUAUGCCAUAGUCAUGUCACAGGUUAGCAUUGCGCUCCAGCCGGCCGUUGGCAUCCCCUGGCCAUUCCAGCCCAAGGGAUCCAACCGAGUGGUGAGAUACUUGUCCCUGGGUGCCAGCCAUCGAUCUGUGAUUCCAGGGCCGCCCCGGAUCUUUGUGAGCGUCGGAGAGUACCAGACCUUGCCGGAGCUUCUCUCGUAUGUGGACUCUUACAUCCAGGAGCCAGGCUCAAAGCUCCAGUACCUCUUGGUGCUGAAGUUCUUCCCCGGGGCGGGCAACCGGAUGGUGGCCGUGGUCUACGAGAUCGUCGGCAGUGGUGGCGGCGAGGGUGGUGCCAUGGUUACAAGUGCUAGCGCUGUGUCCUUUGGAGAUGAGGCGCUGUUCCCGGAGACUCUGGCUUUCCUGGCGGAGCGGGAGAUCCCAGUGACUGGUGUGGGACUCGGUGGAGAGAGGUGUGACAGAAUUGGCAUCCCGAGUUACCAGAUUAAACUUGCCACUGCGAAAGUUCUUGAGGGAGGAGACCUUGAGCUUCCAGAGAUCCGGGACAAGGGAGACAACCUGAUAUUGGAUCUCUACAGUAUCCAGGCUGCAUACGGAUGCCGUUGUCUGUGAAACUGGUUCUUCGUCUAGUUUUGGUUUGGCUUGCUAGCUUUCCUUGAAAUGAAAUUGAGAAAGGAAUA